UUCCAAAAAGAUGGUCGGUUUGACCUUACCCAUGAUAUAGCUUUAAUAAAAUUGAAUGCUCCAGUUAAAUUUACUAAGUACGUGCAGCCAGCUUGUCUUCCAAAACUGAAUACAAAACUUAAUAUUAGGAGCAACUGUUUCGGAGUUGGUUGGGGUGCAACUAGAGGUACUGGUGGGAGUGAUGUACUGAAACAAGCUUAUCAUCCAGUACAGAAUGACAUUGUGUGCAGGAGACUCGUAGGUAGAAAUUUCAUUCCGCAAACAAUGAUAUGCGCAGGAAGCGUGGCAGCAGGAAACGGUGUUUGUCAUGGAGACAGUGGCGGUCCAUUAAUGUGUGAAAUAAACAAGGAAUGGACUGUUAUGGGGGUAACUAGCUUUCUGACAGACGGAAAUAUGGAACAUGGAUUAUGUGGUCUGAAAAGUACACCCAGCAUCUUCAAUAAAGUUUCUGCAAAAGUAGCAUACAUAAACAGAAUGAUUAACCUCUAUAGUUAAUACUGAAAUGUUAAAACAAUUGAAAAUUUCUGAGAUGCUUAAGAAAUUAAAUAAGUUUUCA